CAAUCCGCGAGGCGAAACCCGGUUCUUGGCGCGGACUAGGGGACCGGAAACCUGAAUGUCUCUGCGGCCUUUACCUUGGCCCGCUCCUCCACUGCCCGCUCCCUAGUGACUGAGCACCAGCCUUGCGGGACCCGGCCGGCCACAGGUGGGUGGAGAGCGCGGGUCCACGUCCUCCGACGCUGAGCUGCCGGGCUCGGCGUGCAGGCCCGCGCGGUGCUCUCGCUCCUAGUGUGCGCCCGCCCUUGGCUCCCUUCCUGCUCCCAGUGGAGAAGGUGUGAUCUCCCCUGAGGACCACAGGGAAGCUCUUCUCCUGGGUUUGCUUCUAGCUUUGACCCUUGGGAACGUUGCCUAACACAUUCAAACUACAAUCUAUCUAGACCCAAGAGAGCAAGGCCCAGAAAGAGGUCAAGAUGGGGUUUAUAUUCUCAAAAUCUAUGAACGAAAACAUGAAAAACCAACAGGAGUUCAUGCUUAUGAAUGCUCGACUUCAGCUGGAAAGACAGCUAAUGAUGCAGAACGAAAUGAGAGAAAGACAAAUGGCCAUGCAAGUUGCUUGGUCUCGGGAAUUCCUCAAAUAUUUUGGAACAUUUUUUGGCAUUGCAGCCAUCUCUUUAACAGCUGGAGCAAUAAAAAGGAAGAAGCCAGCCUUCCUCUUCCCUAUCAUUCCAUUAGGCUUUGUCCUCACCUACCAGUAUGACUUGGGCUAUGGGACCCUUCUACAAAGAAUGAAAGAAAUCAUGCCAUUUUCCACCACCAAGAAUUCAGAACCCUUAAAUAUGAGGAUGGAAUUCAUUCCUAGUUCUCAGACAACACUGGCUGAGAGGCAGCCAUUAUUGAAAGAGCUACUACAACAAGCUUCAUCAAAGGAUAUAAAUCUUAACUUUGAAGAAUUUAAGAAAAAUGGUCUUCAGAGACAAAGUGAGGCAGAAAACAAAAGUCUUUCAGAAUUAAAAAACAUACGCUUAGUUAAACAUUUCCUAAAAAAGAGACAGGCCCCUUACCUAUUAUCUGAUAAGUGUUGUAAUGUAGGCUGUACCAAAAAAGAGGUGGCUGUCUACUGCUGAGAUGAAACUAAUUGUGCAUUUCAUGUAAUGUUCACAUGUAUCUGCAAUGACAUUCACUGAUGCCUCCAUCACCCCACUGAUUAUUAGAAUAUGAGAAGUCGUUUUUAGUGUUUGGGUCUUUAAUUUUGUGUGUAAGAAAAUAUUCCUUGUAUUAUUGUAGUUUCUGUUAAUAAAUAUUUGCAUGCU